AUGGAGAACUUUGAAGAGGCCGUUCAGUUGGUCUUCGCGCCACCGAUGGCCUCUCAGUCGGAGAAGGUGCGGAGGGAGCGAGCUCAGGCCUACUUGGAUGAGAUCCUGGCGUCUCCAGACUGCGGUAUGCAUCUUCUGCAGUGGCUCCCGAACUUGGUCUCGGUUGAGGCGCGCUUCUGGACUCUGCAGACGCUGUUAAAUUCCGUCAUGCCGGCGUCCUCCUCGCCUCCUCAGCGACAGGCGAUCCGCGAAGGGCUGCUGGCUCAUUUUGUCCUCAAUCGUCUUCUCUCCGCGGGCGCGUCGGCUCCGCCUUCGCGGCUCCCUUCCUCGGCGUCUGCCGCUCUGUCCGGCUUGGGCGGCAGCGGCCCGGCUGAGGCCUCGGCGGAGAGACGUGAAGGCGGGGCGGGGGCUGUGGGGUCGCGGCCGGAGGAGAGCUUGGAGGCGGCGCUGAAGAAGGCACGGUCGCCAGAGGACACUGCCGUCAAAAACAAGACGGCGCUUCUCCUGGUGCGCCUCGUUCAAAUCGACUUCCCCACAGUCUGGCCCUCAGCCUUCUCCGACCUCCAGCGCCUCUUCGCCGUCGCUGUCGAGGCGGCGGCGAGUCUCCCGUCCGCCGCGGAGGUGCGCGAGGCUGGCGCGAGUGCAGGACCGCUCGCAACGAAGCAAGUCGCGGUGUUUGACGGCGUCGAGAUGUGCCUCAGAGUGCUCCUGGUGCUGCAUCAAGAGGUCGUGGAAGAUCCGGUCUCUCCUAGAGAAGAUGACCAAGCGCGGCGAGAUGCAGAGAUCCGGGCGACGCUUCGUCAGUAUUUUGCGUCGCCGGAGCCUUCGUCCGCGGCCUCGCUGGGGUCGAACGUCUCCUUCUCGCCGCUUCUUCUUCAGCUUCUGAAAUUGCCUGCCGUUAGAGAGGACGCCUCGAUGCUUCGCUUGACCUGCGAAAUCAUUGGGCGCUACAUCGGCUACAUGGACCUCCUCCUGCCGCCCUCGACGUGGAACGGCGCGCAGGGCUCCACCGCCCAAGCCGAGAGCAAGACGCGGCCGCCGACCGCGGUCGGAGAGGUGGACGACGACGGAGAGCCCGCGACAGAGGGCACCCUGGUUCACAUUCUCCUUGAGACUUGGCUGACCUGCUCCUGCGAAGAGGCCGGCAACGCAGUCGUCGCGUUCGCCCACAAAAAGAUGGACGCUGAAACUAAAGCGCGACUUCUGUCCAGAAUGGGGCUGGCAGAAGCGCUCCGGGCCUGCACGCAGCAGGUGGCGCAGCGUCCCGAGCUGGUUGCGGGUUUCGCCUCGUUGGUCGGCGCGACGGCGGCCGCCUUUCUCGAGGCUGCGCACACGCUGAAGCAGCGCGAAAAGGAGGGCCGCGCCUCCCCCGCGCGCACCGCGCAGCUCGAGUCGGAGCCCACGUCCGGCGCGGGGCUGCAGAAGCGGAAAAGUGCAGCCGCUGGAAAGGACGUCGGCAAAGCGGCACUCAUGGCCUGGCAACGCGUCGACCUGCUUCUGCCUGUGAUAGCGGAGCUCUUCGCUUGCCCCGUCGUCGACAUUGCGUUCCGCGUGGAGCCCUUUUUAUCUCUCUUCUGCAACAAAACGAAGCUGCAGCCGGACCUGCAGAAGGCCGCCUGCUUGAGCGACUUCGCGACCUCGCACUCGCUCUCGCCGUUCCUAACCAACAUGCUGCAGCUCCUCUUCCAGAAGGUCGUCGCGCUGCAGUCGUUCGAGGAAGUUGACGUCGAGGAGAAGGGGGUCCCCGCAGACGACGAGUCAGAGGAUGAAGAGGCGGUGAAACUUCAAGAGUACAGCGAGCUCGCCAGCCAGCUCUACAAGCGCGUUUUUUUGGUUCACCUCGCGCACUCGUUUACCUGGCUCCAGGAGAUGGUCGCGUCGGUCUGCAAGCGUCUGGCCGUCUCGGCUUCGGCCUCGCCGCUGUCGCCGCUGCCCUCGUCCCAGUCGCUGGAGGCCGCGUCUCCUUCGUCGCCGGGGUCGCCGCUGUCGGCGAGCAUUCCGGCGGCGGUGUGGCGGGAGGUUGGGGCUGCGCUGCAGCUUCUUCUGCUCUCUGCAGAGCCCAUCAAGGAUCUGUCUCGGGACUUGAAAGAUCUGUCGCAUCCGCUCGCCUGUUGUCUCCUCUCACUCGUACAAACUGACGCCUUGUUUCGCUUCUCCUCGGCGAGCGCGACGCCGCCUCCAGGCGUCCGCAUUCUUCUCCUCUCAGUUCUCGUGCGCUUCGCGCCUUUCUUUUCUCACCGCCCCGAAUUUCUGCCGACUGCGCUGCAGUUCCUGCUGGGCCCUGCGUGCCUCAACAUCCCCGCGGCGUCGCUCUCCGCAGGGCUGCCGCACAAACGGGGCGACAGUCUGAAGAAGCAGCAGAGGCGCCUUUCGUGCGUCGCCGGUCGCAGCUGCCUCUCGCUCCUGCGGUUUUUGAAAAACACCCAGCCGCAGGUCAACGCCUUCACCGUGGACAUUCUCCAGGUUUUCCAAACAGAAAAGUGCCUCGACAUCCCUCAUCCGGCGCUCCGCCGGUCACCCUCGUCGCCUGUGUUCGCGGCCUUCCCCAGCGACGGCGCGGCCGAAAGAGAACUCGAAAAAACUGGCGCCGCGCGGGUACCCAACAAACUCUUCACUGUCGACGACCAGCAGUUGCUCUUCGAGGCGGCGGGUGUCCUUCUCGGCUCCAGGUGUACGUACAGCGCAGACCGCGGAGGCCCCGGGGCGGGUGGCGAGGCCGAAGCCCCGCCGGCUAGUGCAGGCGACGCAACGCGAAAAACCGCCAAUGGAUUUUUUUCCGCGAACGAGGAGCUUUCUGUAAAGACUGGAACCGGGCUCAGACAAGACGAAAAGAUGCACCUCCUGCACCAGCUGCUGCAGCAUCUCGUCCCCGCCUUUGAUACUUCCAAGCUCUCGGAGAUCUCGACGCCUGAAGACGCGGCCUGCUCGGCUUUGUGGUGGGCGCGGACGUGCAACGCGGUUGCGUCGCUCACCAAGUCUUUUCCUUCAUGCGUAGGCGACGGAGGCGCGUCCGCGCCGACCGGCGACCGCGCGCGGGAAGUCUGGCGCGAGGCUUUCCAGCAUAUCUCCUACGCGACGCAGGUGGUGUUGUCGACGUCACUCCGCCCCGAGAUCUCGCGGGUGUUUUUGUUCUCGCCUUUUUUUCACUCCUUCGUCUUUCUUCUGCGCCGCGGCCUGCAUCUCCUCGCGCUCGACAUCCUUCCUGUCAUGUCCGCGACGCUUCCGCUCCUCUACGAGGCGCUGCCCUCUCCGUGUCCUUCGGCUGCAUCCACGCGCGGCUUCGAGGAGGACUGCGAGGCAGUGAGAAAAUUGUUCGCGCCCGCGGCGGCAGCCGCGCCUUGCACGCCGCAGGGCAGCGGCGCGCAGCUCGCCAGCCUCGUCACGUAUUUUCUCGUCACGCUCAAGGAGAAGACGCUCGCCGUCCAUGGAGGGUUCCUCAGCGAGGAGCUCCUGAGGAACAUUUUUUGGCGUCAUUUCGCUCUGUGGUGGCUGGCGGGCUCGGACUCGCCCGAGUUCCUCCGCGACCAGGCGGAGCUUCAGGAGCAGCUCACGCUUCUUCUAUGCACGGUCGGAAAGGAGACGCCCUCCCUCCUCGCGGCGUUUGUUUCGCCUCAGCCGGUCUCCGCGUCGGCGUGUCUGGCGGCAGCCAGCAGCUUGGGCGCGCGGGUCGCGGCGAGCGCCUCGCCCUCGCCGUCGCCCUCCUCCGCGGCGUCGUUUCGCCUCGCGGUGAACCGGGAAGUGUUUGUCCGCGGGCUGCAGGAUUACCAGCAGCAGCUCCUGAAUUCUCUCUGUUCGGCCGCGCAGUCUCCGACCGCGCCGGCACCGGCGUCUCACCUGUCUCUGGAUCGCGGCGUGAUUGCGGCGGGCCUGUCUCACUGCGAUUCGGCGAAUCUCUUUCUCGCGAGUUUGCUUGAGCUCUUCGCGCCGGCAGGCAUUCCGUCUGCCUCCGCGGCGUGCCGCUUCCGCGACGACCAGGAUCUCGCUCACGCCUCGCGCGUCGGCGUCUCCUGCUUCCUGCUUUACUCAGUCUCCGCGGCGAGCGCGCGCAACUCCCUCGCGGCUCUCUACGCGCUGCAGGCCUGGCUCUUCGUCCUCCACUAUCUGCUGGAUGCCGCUCCCGCGGUGCCCUCGCUUCCCUGCCUCGCUCAGAUUCAAGCACUCUUCAAGCAGCAGCACGCGAGAGAGAGACAGCCCGCGGAGGCCGCGCCGUCCGCGAGCCCCCUGCAUGUGCCUUCGCCCGACGCGCAAGGCAAAGCCGCUGAGGAGCUGCUUCGCGUGCUCCCAGCCCAGGAGGUGUUCGCGGCAACAUGUUCACUCCUCCUGCGCCUCGACGUCGCCGCAGACGCUCAACAAGUUCGCGUGCUGAGCGACGUUUGCAAUCUGUGGCGUCUCUUCGUUCUGGGGCCUGGCGGAGGCGCGAGCGCCUGCGUCAAUGUGAAUCGCCCGGGGGGUGCGUCUUCCCUCUGUGCGCUCGCUUCCUUUCUGCCGCACUUCUUCCAGCCUGUCCAACGUCUUCUCUUCUCCUCGCUCUCCAACGCGCUCUACGGGUUCACUGCGCAGCGCGACGCGCGCGGAGCGCCAGCCGAGGAGCUCACGCAGGCCGCCUCGCAAGCAGCCGCGGCUCUCGUUCAGAAUCUCGUCGAGACUGCAGACCUCCGCGCAGGGAAAGAAAAUGUCCGCCAGUGGAUCCUCGCUCAGCGCCGCCAGGAAAAAUAG